GGGUAAUCUGUUGCAUGAGAUCUAUGGAAGUAUAUUUCAUUCUUAAUAUCUCAGUAAAAGUAAAAGAAGCAUCUUAGCUUAUUAAAUGGAGAGAAAGAACUACAGUCCAAGUUAGAAAGAUAACCAAAAAAAAAACCACCAUUCACCCAAACAAAAAACAAAAACAAAAACAAAAAAGAAAAGAGAAAAGAGAGAAAAAGAAGAAAAUAAAACAAGGAGCACAUGAAGAUUUCUACUCCAUAACCUUAUUACCUUCUAUAGUAGUAUGAUGAGUGAAUAUCAGUGCCAUACAUUAACAUAGUUGAUAGUUGUAAGUUGUAGAACUUGUAGUAGUAGUAAUCACUAGAAUUCACACUUCCCAACAUCACAAUCUCUCUCUAUAACUCCUUUUGCCACUCCAAUUCUAACUAAAUUCUCUCUCUUCCCCAAAAACUUAAAAAAAAAAACCUAACCUCAUCACUUCCAAUUUUCUCUCUCCUAUAAGUUCUACUAUUUGUGACUAAAUAUUGUGAGUAUUUGUAUAAUCUUGUAUGCUAGUAUAUCAUAAAUUGGUAAUUAGAAGGUGUGUAAUACCGUAAUAUGAUGGAUGAGUUGUACGGGCUUCAUCCGACGAGUGGUGAUUAUUCCGAUAAGGCGUUGAUGUCGCCGGAUAAUCUGAUCCUUCCGUCUGAUUAUCAUUCUUUGAUCAUGAAUUCUGGUAACACAGCUGCUGUCCGAUUUGGUUCCGAUGAACUCAUCUCCGCUACUUGUAUUUCUGAGUCUGCUUCUAUAACUCCUGAUAUGCCACCAGAUGAUAACACUUCUACCUCCAUUAAAGCUAAGAUCGCUUCGCAUCCUCACUAUCCUCGCCUUCUUCAAGCUUACAUAGAUUGUCAUAAGGUUGGAGCGCCGCCUGAGAUAGCAAAUAUACUUGAAGAAAUCAAGCAAGAAAAUGACAUGUAUAGACGAGAUUUUGGAAGCCUAAGGACGUAUUUAGGAACAGAUCCUGAACUUGAUGAAUUCAUGGAAACUUACUGUGAGAUAUUGGACAAGUAUAAAUCAGAUCUUUCAAGACCCUUUGACGAAGCAACCAACUUCUUGAACAAAAUCGAGACGCAGCUCCGGAAUCUCUGCAAAGGAGCCUUUGUAAAGACCGCCUCAGCUGGUGACUCGGAAACAAGAAGGGACUCCUCUCAAGAACAAGGCUCACUUGAAGAUGAAGGUGUCGUGUCAUCCGAUGAGGACUAUAGUGGAGGAGAGAUAGAUGUGCAGGAUCUGCAACCGAAGGAUGAAGAACGGGAUCUCAAGGAUCAGCUGCUACGUAGAUUUGGGAGUCAUAUAAGCAGCCUCAAGCUUGAGUUUUCCAAGAAAAAGAAGAAAGGGAAGCUACCAAGGGAAGCUAGGCAAAUGCUUUUUGAGUGGUGGAAUGCUCACUAUAAAUGGCCAUAUCCUACAGAAGCUGAUAAAAUUGCGCUAGCUGAAAUGACAGGUCUUGAUCAAAGGCAGAUCAACAAUUGGUUCAUAAACCAGCGAAAGCGUCAUUGGAAACCAUCUGAGAACAUGCAAUACGCGCUCAUGGAGAAUUUCUCAGGACAAUAUUUCACAGAUGACUAAGGAUAAGCGAAAGAAAUGAGACAUCUACAAACUCAACCCUUCACAACACACAAGAAUCAUAUUUAUUCUGGCUGCUUAUCUAUGUAUAUGCUAAGCUAAUGGCAAUCUAGCAAUAUGAAAAACACUCUUUAGGCUCAUCGGAUGAAAGGAAGGGAAAACAUGCUCCUUCCACCAUUUGCAUUCUACUCGAUGCAAACGAUGUACUACUAAUGUAUCUGCAUAAAUGAAAUGGCUAAUUUCAUAAGAUCCAGUUGUUAUUCCUGCUCAA